CCCAAAAUCUCGUAGCAGUCCAGUGUUUUUUGUUUUUGUUUUCCGCGCCAAUGCCAUGGCUUGGGACUCGGUUUGAUGGGAAACGAACUCUGCUCAUCACCGCACAUCCCGACGACGAGUGCAUGUUCUUUGGGCCUGGUGUCACGUGCUUGCUGGCCAAGUCUGAGAUGUUCGUCCUGUGCCUCUCCACGGGAAACGCCGACGGUCUCGGCUCCGUCCGCGCGCGCGAACUGGUCGGCGCAUGCACGGCCUUGGGACUGCCCGCGUCGCACGUUUCGGUUGUAGAUCGCGAAGACGCGUUUGCAGAUGGACAAGCCAACCUGUGGCGAGCGAGUCAUGUCGCGGACUGCAUCACAGAGCACGUCGCUCGCUGGAAGAUUGACACGCUGCUCACGUUCGACGCACACGGCGUCUCUGGACACGCCAACCACAUUGCAGUGUGGCACGGCGCCUGUGUAUGUCUGGACCGCGAGGAGCAAGUUGGCACUGCAGCAGGCUGCUUGACGCUCUGGUCGCUUCAGUCAAAGCCACUCUGGCGCAAGUACAUGAUUCCCAUCGACCUGGCAUUGUCGUGGUGGGAAGUGUAUGAUGAAACCACCUCCAGAUCCGCAGCAUCGCCGUCAGCGGCAGCCCGCUCCAAUGGUGGGCUGGCAAUGGCGCUCUCCACACCCAGACAAAUCCGAACAACCUGGCGUGCCAUGCUGCAGCACCGCUCGCAACUCGUGUGGUUUCGAUGGCUGUACUUGCUGUUUGCUAGUUUCAUGCUGCUGAACACGCUCGUACGGCGGCAGCCACCCCGAUCUUAGAUCAAUACAUCCGCUU